AUGGAUCUGAUUGGAAGAGGGUACAGUAGUGCUCUAGCUAUUACUAUUUUCACGAUUUUGAUCUAUUGCUUCGUUUUGGGACGAUCUGCACGAUCAACUGCAAAGCCUGAAGGCAAAAGCACAAGUGCGCCAGGGCAAACUAAUACUUUCAGGGCUAGCGGCGUACCGGCCGACUGGGACCGCCAAAAGUUACAAUCUUUCUUAAAGGAUCAAGAGGGUAUCACAGACGCUGUGAUUGAGUCAUUUGCAUAUGAGAAUAACGGCAGUUCUCAGGUGGCUACAGUUACAUUUGGAAAUGCACCCUCUCGGCUCCAACGUGGUCACGGUUGGCCCAUUCUGAUAUCAGAGGAGUUUAACACCAAGUCUAACCGCAAACAAUACCUAACAGUUGACAAAGAUUUUUAUGGUAUGACUGCGCUUUACACUCUGCUUUCACAAGAUCAUAAGAUAGAUGUUAUUGCGUUAUCUGGUCUCGGAGGACAUGCCUUUGGGUCAUUUAAGGAGAGGGGCGGAAGCUAUAUGUGGCUACGUGAUUCUCUCCUGCACGAUCUCACUUCGGAAACCAACGGUGCGCCGAUGGCUUGA